UUUCCAUGUCGCUGCUGUAACAAGAGCAACCAAACUGUGUUACACGUAAAACGACACUUUUUUCUGCCUUUUUUAUGCGUUUUGUUGCUGUCUACGGCCUGAAAACAGGAUUCUCAAUAAAAGCUAAUGCUUUAUUUAAUGUAGCUUUGUCAUUAAAACUACUGGCUGAGUGACUUGUGUGGUCUGUAGAACUUGUACGACAACAACUCCACGUCGUGACUCAGUGGCAGGAGGGCUUUCCGCGUCCUGACAGCAUCGCUCUCAUUCCUCAGACCGGGCAGGCUGCUUUUGUCCCCUGCUGUCAGAGCUCAGGAGCUAACAGGAAACUGGUGCUUCAGGGACAUGACUGGAUGAAACGAAACUAGCAGGGAUCACAGGUCGACUCUGUUGUGUCUCUUUGAAUCCCCACAGGACUCCGUAUAAAUGGAGCCCACAACGCUACAGAAAGCUAUUGCCGUAGCACAGAAGGCCUCACAGGAAGAUCAGGAUGGGAACUAUGAGGAGGCCAUCCGCUCCUACCAACAUGCUGUCAAGUAUUUUCUGCACAUCUUAAAACGUGAACCCCAGGGUAAAGAUGGCAACCAGAAGAUCAGAGAUAGGUGUAAACAAUACCUGGACAGAGUGGAAGAACUGCAGGAGUACCUAGUGAAUAAAGAGAAAGCCAUUGAUCUUGCCAGCAAGGCGGCUCAGGAGGAUAAAGCUCAGAACUACGAGGAGGCUCUGCGCCUGUACCAAGCAGCUGUUCAGUACUUCCUCCAUGUGAUGAAAUAUGAAGCCCAGGGUGAAAAGGCCAAACAGAGCAUACGGGCAAAAUGCGGUGAAUAUUUGGACAGAGCAGAGAAAUUGAAGGAGUAUCUAAAGAAGAAAGAGAAAGCUCCUCCCGCUAAGCCCGUCAAAGAAUCGGGAUCUGAGGACAAAGGGAAUGAAAGUGAUGAAGGUGAUGAUCCAGAGAAAAAGAAGUUCCAAAAUCAACUCUCAGGUGCAAUUGUUAUGGAGAAACCAAACAUCAAAUGGAACGAUGUUGCUGGUUUAGAGGGAGCCAAGGAGGCACUGAAAGAGGCUGUUAUUCUUCCUAUCAAAUUCCCCCACCUAUUCACAGGAAAGAGAACUCCAUGGAGAGGGAUCUUGCUCUUUGGACCUCCAGGUACAGGAAAGUCCUAUCUGGCCAAAGCGGUUGCCACAGAGGCAAACAACUCAACCUUCUUCUCCAUCUCCUCAUCUGACCUUGUCUCCAAAUGGCUUGGAGAGAGUGAAAAGUUGGUGAAGAAUCUUUUCACCCUUGCAAGGGAGCACAAGCCUUCCAUCAUCUUCAUUGAUGAGAUUGACUCCCUGUGCGGCUCAAGAAGUGAGAACGAGAGUGAGGCUGCUCGCCGUAUUAAGACGGAGUUCCUGGUUCAGAUGCAGGGUGUGGGAAUUGACAAUGAGGGAAUCCUGGUACUUGGGGCAACAAACAUCCCAUGGACCCUCGACUCAGCCAUCAGGAGACGAUUUGAGAAAAGGAUCUACAUCCCACUGCCUGAGGAGCACGCCCGCUCCUUCAUGUUCAAGCUCCAUCUGGGUUCCACCCCUAACAGUCUCACCGAAAGUGACUUUGUCACCCUGGGCAAGAAGACAGAAGGAUACUCGGGGGCAGAUAUCAGUAUCAUUGUCAGAGAUGCUCUCAUGCAGCCUGUUCGAAAGGUCCAGUCAGCAACCCACUUCAAACGGGUACGAGGACCAUCAAGAGCUGACCCCAACAUUAUUGUAGAUGACCUCUUGACUCCCUGCUCACCUGGCGAUCCCAAUGCGAUUGAAAUGACAUGGAUGGAAGUCCCUGGAGAGAAGCUACUGGAGCCUGUCGUAUGCAUGUCCGAUAUGAUGAGAUCUCAGGCCAGCACAAAGCCAACAGUCAACGAACAAGAUCUGGACAAACUGAAAAAAUUCACAGAGGACUUUGGACAGGAAGGCUAGGUGGGAUGAAGGAGCCAAGCCAAACCAAAGCAAAGGAAUUGUGAUUGUGUCUCUUUACUGUCCUUGUCCUGUUAUUCUGUCUCUGUCUCCUCAUAAUCAUUCAUCAGGCCUUGUGGUUUAUCGCAAAUGGGCAAGAUUACCGCUCCCUCUUGCCAUAUCUGAUAACCACACUAAGGGUGGAGAACUUUUUUAAGUUUUAUUUGACAUUCACCAUUUUCCAAAGAAAAUUAAAGACCUCCCAACUGCAGCUGACCUAAUUAAAAAAAUAGUAGAGGGUUGUUUGAGUUAUGCACUAAAGACUAAAGGUAUUAAUGACAAGUAUACCCCAGCGACUUACAGAAGCAAAUGGCAGACAUACACAACAAUUAUUGCAAUUGAGGUUAUUGAAAUUAAACUAAUUUGUUUUAAGUACGACCUAGCUCUCACGCCCUUGUUUUCCAGGCAGAAUACAUCUCACUAGACUAAUAAAUUCACCUUGUAUCUAUUUUAUUAUGAAAAACAAGCAUCUUAGUGUAUACUGUUCUUUGUGAAAUGGUUAAAUCUUGGGCUGGUGGAUUGAAGUGGGUUCAUAUGUUUGCUGUGGUGAAACAUGACAGUUGUCUCAAGGUGGUGGAUAUUUAGAGUUUUGAGGCAGAGAUACUCAGGAUGAGAGCUGCAUUAGGCCCUGUGGAAAUUCUGGAUUAUUUAUCCAAUUUCCUAAUAAAUGACAAUUGUAGUUGUUUACUUUUUGUCGUUUAAAUCUAACAUGAUUACUAUGUUGGAUCACCAAUGGUGCUGGACCAGCAUAUUUUACUUUUUUUUUUCAAGAACUCAAUAGCUUUGAAUUGCUAUGUCACGCAGCUUGCGAAAAACAAACAAACCAUGGUUUGUUUUUUGCAAUCUACUGUACAUAUUCUCCAUAACUGUCUGUGGGCUUCGCUGAUUAUCCUUACUGCAAACUGCAAAAAACUAAGCCUUAUACAAAGAUAAAGUCACAUUGCGUAUUUUGAUAAAAGACUGAGGAGUUGAAGUUGGACACUGAUGGCUCAGGUGGCGAGAUCAUCUUCUUGUACAUCUUACUACACAGGAAUGCAUCUCCAAGCAUGAACUUUAUGUAGCCAUAAAUGGCAGUGUGCACCAUGUGCCUUCAAGAAAAGCUGCAAGAUUCUUUUUUUUUAUUGUUUUAUUUCUAAAUUGGUCAUACUGCGUAUAUCCAGUGCUUUGUCACUACAACUAAGAAGUGUAUACUUGCACAUUUCAUGUAAGCUCUUCGAGAGCUUGUAUACAUCUGUACUCUUUUGCUCCAAUGGUGUGAGAACUGUCUCUUCUGAGUUUUGAUGGUCUUUUAUUUUACUGUAAAUGUCUAUACAUAUAGCCAACUCUUGAGCCUUUUCUAUGUGAAGAGGUCGAUCAUGCAUAAGGUUUUCUGUUUUUCAUUUCCAUAAUGUAAAUAAAUAAAAGUUAUAGCUACCUUAA